AUGCUAGGAACCCCGCAGUCCGAAACACCCUCUACGCAGUUUCCCCCUCCCGUCCCCGAGCUGGACGAUCAUCGAUUCCAAAUGGAUCAUCAUUCUCCGGUCAUUGAAGCCAUGUCGGGCUUGCCUUCUGUCCAACAGGGUGAGGCCAUUGAUCGUCGCCCAUCUCUAUUGCCGGUCCACGAAACUUUCCGGGCCAAUGAACCGAUAACUCGAGAUUUUGAACAGGCAGUUAUUGACGAUGAACGAGACAUUGACACUUUCGCCGGGCGUCUUUCCAUAGACCCCGCCCACCGGCACCGUACUAGAAGUCGUACUCAGCAAGAUAUGGCACCGCGAUCUCGAGCUUCCUCCGUGUCUGAUAGUUCCUCAUCUCCACCCAAUUCAGUUGAUGCCUUUGCUGAUCCACGCCGACGGGAGCGCGCAAACACAGUGGGUAGCCAUACUGAUCCAGAUCUUGACACCAUUCUGCACCGUACCGUAUCCGGUGGUACCCAUCCAAGACGUCCUACCAUCAGCAAUGCUAGUGCCAUUCGACCGGAACAGAGCGGUGACGUAUUAAUAGAUGUUGCUCCAAGCGACUGUGACUGCUCUUAUCAAGAGCCUGGGCGCAUCCCAGUCAUCGACUACGAGGAACUCGAAGAGUUUGUUGCUUUGAACAAACAAGACAAGGAUACCGCUAUCAGUCGCAAGCAGAGUAUGAGCUCGCAUACGCCAGCUCAGCGGAUUUUCAGUGAUCUUCGGCAGAAGAGCCAAGGCUCUGUCAUUCUUGACCUUCCCGAUAUUGUUGUAGCUGAUACGACUCCGGAACGCUCUUCUUCAGAAGGCUUCCAGUCAAAUCUGAAGACGGAGCUCUCUGGGGAGACUAUGAAUGAGAAAGCAGCGCUGGAAAAAUUACAAAACGCGAACUUGCCUACUCGAUUCAGCUUUUUCUCUUCCGAGUGCCAGAGCACAAUCCACGCUUCAUACAUGGGGGAUCUUAUUCUACCGGGAGAUACAUUCCGCGAUCUCUUUCAACUGGGUCCAGAGGGUGGUGUUUGGUGGCUAGAUGUUGUCAAUCCCACGGAGGCUGAGCUUGGAGCACUUUCCCGCGCCUUCUCCAUCCAUCCUUUGACUGCCGAAGAUAUCAUGAUGCAGGAAGCUCGGGAGAAAGUGGAACUUUUUAAACAGUACUACUUUGUCUGUUUCCGAACUUUCUUUCACGACAAAAAGGACCCAGAGCGAUUUUUGGACCCAGUCAAUAUCUACAUGGUUGUGUAUCGCGACGGUGUUCUGUCAUUUUCGUUUUCGGAGAACAAGCAUGCUUCUAGUGUUCGCAAGCGUAUUGGAAAACUUCGUGACUACGUUUCUUUGAGCAGUGAUUGGAUUUGCUAUGCAAUGAUAGAUGAUAUUGUCGACAGCUUUGGUCCUAUCAUGCGUGACGUUGAAAUUGAAUCUGAGGCCAUUGAGGACCAUGUGUUUGUUUCUCGAGCGGAGGACUUCUCAACCUUCUUACCACGCAUCGGUGAGUUGCGCAAGAAGGUCAUGACUUUGAUGCGACUUCUUGGUGGCAAGGCCGAUGUUAUCAGGGGGUUUUCCAAACGGUGCAAUGAGCAGUAUUCCGUCACACCUAGAGGCGACAUUGGAUUAUAUCUCGGUGAUAUCCAGGACCAUGUUGUUACCAUGGUAUCCAAUUUGGCCCAUUUUGAGAAGAUGCUCAGCCGCUCUCACGGCAACUACCUUGCCCAGCUGAAUGUUAGCAACAUCAUUGUCGGCAAUCAAGUCAAUCGGAUUUUGAGCAAAGUGACCCUUAUUGGUAGUAUCCUUGUUCCCAUGAAUCUAAUCUGUGGUCUUUGGGGUAUGAAUGUUCCGGUGCCUGGCGCGCACAAUGGCCCCCUAGGGUGGUUCUUCGGCAUUGUCGGGUUCAUCGCGUUUCUGCUUAUCUCAAUCACAAUUACCGCACGUUAUUAUAGAUUGUUUUGA